GUAAAGAUUAUCACUCGUCACCAAAACAUAUCGCUUACUCUUGGCGAGGAGGAGUGAUCGGUGUCAUAGUGGACGUAUACAAGUAAGGUUUGACACUCAAAGGACUGGCGGAUUGGACUGCACAUUCCUCAUAUACUCUCCUCUUCACCGUCAUAUCUUUCCUCUCGGUCAUUCUCUCAAUCAAUCCGAUCGGGAACAUUUAUCCAUACGUUUUAUUCGAAUUGAAGAGUAUAUCACCAAUCUAUUCAAUUGAUUCAGUGAUUCAGUAGUGAUUCAGAGACCCAUUUGAUUUUGGGGGCGCUUGAUCGCGUCCUCAACUAAGUUACCGCAGUUUUACACCUACCACACUCUUCUGCCUAUCUUCCAUCCCUCCCUCCCUCCUAUCCUCCCAACUUCCAAGUCUAAACCGACUUUUCUGUAUCCAUAUUCAAUCUUCAUCUCAACUUUCCCCAAAUAACAUCCUCGCAAAAGGUUUUGUGUGAUUUGACCAAAUAAAAACCUCAAUAUCAUGUUACGCCCCAGAACCACGGUCACAUCCCCUCAACCAAAUCACGAACCAGAUACUCCAAUGUCACAUUAUCCCUCUAGACACGGUGACGAUACUCCUGGAUUAGGAUACGAAUGGUCACCUGAUACCCACACACAUGAACAAAGUAUGAACCUCGAUUCUGAUCUUACUGGGAAAUCUCCAGGGAAUGGGAGACGAUCGAGUGGGACGGAUGUAAGACCUUUGACGGGUGGUUUGAAUGGUGGGAUAGCGACUAGAAGAGGAGAGAAGGGUAUGAAUCUAGGUUUAGGAUUGGGGUUAGGAGGUUGGCAAAAGAAAGGAAAAAGGAAUUGGAGAAUGGGUCUCUCACAAAGAGGGUGGAUGAUUCUCACAGGUAUCAUCGGUUUAACAAUAUUCACAAAACUUAUCCUACCGACCUCAACAGAUCAUCAUGUCCACACACACGAAUCCCUUCUUGUUCCCCGCGACUAUCUCAACAAUUCGAAAAUUGACCCAGCACCAUUCGAAUUUUGUCCCGUUUUCGGUCCAGGUGACCCUAUCGCUGCUCGAAGAGGACAAUUGGAGUUGCUCAGGAGUAGAUUACAUCUUGGUACUGGCGCCAGAGUUCAGAGAGUCAUACAAAAGGCAAUGAGUGGGGCGCCGGUGACUAUCAGUGUUUUAGGGGGCUCGAUCUCCGCUUGUGUCGGAGCUGGAGAAGAUCCUAUCGACGAUCGUUGCUAUCCCGCCAAAUUCUUCACAUGGUGGAACUCUGUAUUCCCACAUCCAGCAAACGAACUCACCAACGGCGCUCAACGUAAAACGGACAGCGCUUAUUAUGCGUAUUGCAACAGCCAUCACAUGCCCGACAAAACGGAUUUGGUUUUGCUCGAGUUUGACGCUGCAGAUCCCAAUGACCCUGAGUGGGUUCAACAUUUCGAACUUCUUGCCCGAUCCAUCCUGGUCCGACCAGAAAUGCCAGCAGUUAUCAUUUUAGGUCACUUCAGUCCUCAGGUUCAAGCGCAAAAUGGGUUUGCAGGUCCGGAAUUGCUUCACAAUGUGGUCGCUCAAUUCUACGACGUUCCACAUAUCAGCGUCAAAGGUGUCAUUUACAAUGACUAUCUUCAGAAACCCGACGUAGCACGAGCAAGCUAUUACAACGAUCCUCAACAUGCCAACGCGGAAGGACACGAGCUCAUCGCCGACGUUCUAAUAUCCUACAUGAUGUCGCAGAUCUGUUCCGGCUGGUCCACUCUUCAAGGUUUCGGCUUUGACGUUCCUGAUCUUGGUGUCGAAGGUGAUGGUACCAGCUCGGGACCUUCGUUACUCGGAGGAGUGGGUUUACGGAAGGGUAUUCCGGGACAACAAAAAGGUGAUGGGGACUCAGCCACCAAUGCUUUGACGGACCGUUUCUCAGCUUUGAGAGUUCCUCCUAUGCGUCUUGGGGAUAGGCCAAAUGACAUACAACAUUUCAGAGAGAUUGAACCGUUUUGCGUGGCAGCGAGCGAUUUGAUAAAUCCCUUGCCGAGGAGUUUGUUUUAUGGCAGUGGAUGGCAAAUCUAUCAUCCUCCUAAGGGGGCUGUAAAUGAGGAUCGACAUUACUGGUAUGCAGAACAACCCACUUCCCGUCUUCGUAUCCCCCUCAAACUCGGCGCAGGUGACGUCGGGAUCUAUUUCCUACAAAGUCCAGUGGACAAACCUUUGGGCACUGUGAAAUGCUGGGUGGAUGAUAAUUCCCCCGGUGCGAGAGAGUUGAAGGGUACGGCCGAAGUGGAGGAUGUGAUUGCUACACUUGUCAUGAUCGACCGUGGUGUGUCAAGGGGUUCCCAUUUUGUCGAAUGCGCAUUGCAAGGAGAGGCAGGGAUCACUUCACCACCUUUCAAGAUACUUGGCAUAUUCACUACAUGAAGAUGCACGAUCCAACGACGCAAUACUACUGAAAUGAUCAACGAGGAACGGAGGAGUAAAUCUGACAUGGAUGGGAAGAGGCUCACUUACUUGGAACAGACGCUGCAUUUUGGGCAGAAUCAAUUACGUUUAUGCAUGCAAAAAAAUACUCAUA